CGCGCAGACAACCCGAGAGUUCGUAAAUUGAACGCUUUCUUUGUGAGGUCACUGAGGUGUAACCAAACCCAAAUUGCUGUCGGACCCAACAAGUCUCGCUUCCCAGCGCUGCAGGUUGCUUCGUUACCCGACGCUGUUUGACGACCGAUGCGGGUGGCCGCCUUAUUUUAAGUCGGCCCCGGUUGACAGGACCUUUCCAUUCGAAGGUGUUAAACGAUAAACGUUAAUCGUUUUCUUGAAACCCUACUUUUUCUUUGCUUUUCUGUUAUUUUUUUUCGCUUCCGUCCUCUGUCGGCUAUCGAUUCUGCAAUCAAAGGCUCAAUUGCUACUCUAUAGCUGCUUAGACAAGUUAAAAUAGAGCUAAAGUCUCUACUUUUACUUUUAACCAUCUUUUUCAGAUAUACUUUGUAUUGAAGAGUAUGCACAUUGAUGUUGAUCACUAUAGUGUUUUGGGCCUACCUUCUGGGGAGGAGGGGGCUAAGCUUACAGAAAAGGAGAUUUCGAGAGCAUACAAAUCAAAGGCUUUAGAGCUGCAUCCAGAUAAGAGGCCAGAUGACCCAAAUGCCCAUGACAACUUCCAAAAGCUCAAGUCAUCAUAUGAGAUUCUCAAGGAUGAGAAAGCCCGCAAACUGUUUGAUGAUCUCCUCCGAGUUAAGCGUGAACGGUAUGUUCGUGAUUCUCAAAGAGAUGCCAAGCGGCAAAAGAUGGUUUCUGAUCUUGAAGAGAGAGAGCGGGCGGCAUUUGCACCAGAUCCUGCUGCCAAGGCUCGGGAGGAAGAGGAUAGGAUCGCUAGGAAGCUUAAAGAAGAGAUAGCAAGAAUACGUGCAAUGCAUUCAAGUAAAGGAGUACCUGCAGCAUCAGCCUCAAGGAGAGAGACAACAGGAGGGGCAAAGGAGAGUACAAGUGAGACGGAUAGGGAGAAGAUGCUUAAGGUUUCUUGGGAAAAAGAUGGUGAGGAUUAUACUUUGGAAAGGUUGAAAGAAUUGUUUUUGAAGUUUGGUCAAGUAGAGGAUGUUGUAAUAAGUAGUUCCAAGAAAAAGCGUUCUGCACUUGUUCAAAUGGCAACUAAAGAAGCAGCUGUUGCUGCUAUGGGAAGUGUGUCUGGCAGUCUUUCUAAUCCUCUUCUAGUGUUACCUGUUAAACGAGCUAGUGCAACAGAGUUCUCAAGUGUGCAGCAGCCCAUGGAAUCUACUCGCCUUAAUAAUUUGGUUGGCACAGGUUAUAAGGCAUAUGAAGAUUCUGUCUUAGAGAAACUUCAAAAAGCUGCAGCAGCAAAAAACCCAACAAUGAGGUGAAGUGUUUUGAACAUCAUCCAGACAUAUCUUCUCCAAGUGAAGUGUAAAGGACAGAUUUGUGUCAAUUGUCUUCCAAAAUACAGCUUCAUAGAAGUUUCCAACUCUUUUCAAGAACCAACUUUGUCAGAAUUCUCUUUUAUAUUGGCAUAGUAGUUAACAAGUUAAUACUGAUUAAUGGGGGUGGGGGACAUUAGCUAUUAUUUGCUGAGAGCAGGCUUUGAGGUUCAGACUGUAUAUUAUGAGCUUUUACUAAUGUACGAGGAAAAAGCUGUUUUUAUUACUGGGACUUCAAAUGCUCAUGUACCGUUGAUAUCUGCUGUUCAUGUAGGAGUAAUAUAGAAGUAUAAUCAGAUUGAGAAAAUAUCUUAUAUUUUUGCAUAUUUUCCAA